GCAAUGGUCUUCGCUUCUCCAUAACCGACCUCUCUCCCCCAACAACGCGCAUAAUGCCAAUCCUCUACCAAGACCGCACGGGAAUCUCGCUCUACGAUGCCCAAUUCGCGAGCGGGUCGCGCGGGCCGAUAUCAGCGGAGAUCAUGCAGGCGGUAGUAAACCGGCUGCUGCAGUUCAAGACGACGUGUGCGGAUUUUGGAGUUCCGGACGAGAAUAUCUACGUGCUUGCUACGGAGGCGACGCGGACGGCGCCGAAUUCGACGGAGUUUAGGGAGCUUAUUCAGGAGAGGGUGGGCUGGGGGGUUAGGAUGUUGAGUAAGGAGGAUGAAGGGAGGAUUGGGGCGUUGGGGGUUGCGAGUAGUUCGACGAGGAUUGCGGGGUUGGUGAUGGAUUUGGGAGGGGGGAGUACGCAGAUUACAUGGUUGAUUGAGGAGGAGGGAGUAGUUACGACUAGUCCCAGGGGGUCGUUCAGUUUUCCCUAUGGGGCUGCGGCGUUGAAGCAGCGGUUGGAAGGGGGAAAGAAGAAGAAGGUGAUGAAGGAAUUGAGGGAGGAGAUGGAUCGCAACUUUCAAGAUGCGUAUGCGCAGCUGGAACUGCCGGGGAAGCUGUUGGAUGCGGCGAAGGAGAAGGGAGGGCUGGAUUUGUACCUCUGUGGUGGUGGGUUUCGGGGAUGGGGAUAUCUGCUCAUGGAGCAGUCGUCGUCUGCGAAGCCGUAUCCAAUUCCCAUUAUCAAUGGGUACAGGGCCAGCCGGAAGGAGUGUCAUGCGAUGGUUUCUACGGCGGAAGACGUGGCCGACUCGGAAAUGAAGGUGUUUGGCGUGUCGAAGAGACGGGCCACGCAGAUUCCUGCCGUGGCCGUCCUGGUCGACGUGCUCAUGGAGACGUUGCCGGGCAUCAAGCACGUCCAGUUCUGCCAGGGAGGCGUGCGCGAGGGAAUCCUAUUCGAUAUCCUGCCGGUGGAAGUGCGAAGACAGGAUCCCCUCCUGGCUGCAACGAUGCCAUACGCACCCCCGUCGGCAGAGGCAAUCUGGGAUCUUCUUUGGUCUGCCUUGCCAACAUCCCCUGCACCAUCCACGUCUUCCGCAGUCCCCGGUUCCUUUUCUGGUAAUCUGAUAUCUGCUCUCGCCAAUCUUCUCUUCGUUCACUCCUCCGUGUCCAAGGAAACCCGUGCUGCCGCUGCACUGCACUGCACCACGACGGGAAUCCUGGCCACAGCCAACAGCCUGUCACAUACCGACCGCGCCCUCCUGGCACUUAUCUUGUGCGAGCGAUGGGGAGCAGACCUUGCCUCUGCCGACCAGAACUUGCAGAUACGUUUGCGUCAGUGUGUGUCCAGCCAGGAAGCAUGGUGGUGUCAGUAUCUAGGCCGGGUAGCCACCCUCAUCGGUGACGUGUAUCCAUCCGGCAGGGUAUCUCAGACAGGGUGGAGGAUCCGAUUGGCAACCGAGUGGGACAGUAUCACGAAGAAGAAGGAAACGGGCGACCUAUUGCGUCUGAAGGUGCAGCGCAACAAAAACAACGACAGCCAACUGGCGAUGAUGGAUUCACUGAAGGAGGGGGCGGAAAGCAUCGAGAAGGCCGGAAAGAAGAAGAACUGGAUCCAAGAGUCUGGAGUGCGGGUGGGGGUUGAUGUGUCUUGAAAAAGCCAGUAAAGCCACUAAAGUGGAAAUACGAGAAGCCUGAUUGACGCGUGUGUAUGUAAGAGAAUCCGUCGAGGACGAAGAUGAACCGGUUGUUGUUGUCGUGGAUAAUUAUCGAACCCCGCGGACCACAGAGCACCGUCGAUGAGGGGCAGCGGGUAUCGUGACACACCACAAUGAGUCAAUUUGCGUCGAGAACACACUGGCUCGACAUGGAUGAGGCCGAUCAUCGCACCGGUUUUGCUGGAGAUGUCAUGAUGACUUCAAGGACGAUCUCAACUGGCGUUACUCGACAAGCUCACCGGGAAAGUUUAUGGGAACGUUUGCGGA